GUCUCGCACGGGGUUUGUCAAGGAAGUGAUGGGCGGUCCUCCCUGUUAGUUUGCUGACUGUUGAUGACGAAAAGAUUGUUCUCCUGAACAAUAAGCUCUCCCGAUGUUUCUUCCUACGCUCGUGGAGGACAUGCAUCACUUUAAGGCGAGUCGAGACCGACUGUUCACCACCAGGUGUUGUGGAUUCUGCCACGUCCGCACGGGGACCAUCAUCCUGGGAACAUGGUACAUGGUUGUCAAUCUGUUGAUGGGCAUCCUGCUGACUGUAGCUGUUACGCACCCAGAGAACGUGCCCACUCUUGACUUGCAGUAUGAGGUCAUCGACCAUUACUUUGCCUCCGACAGGAUGUCUGAGAAUGCCUGUGUUGGAUUCGCCAUCUCUCUGCUGAUGCUCACCAUCAGCGCCAUGAUGGUGUAUGGAGCCAUUACUCAUCGUGACAGCUGGCUCAUCCCAUUUUUCUGCUAUCAGCUGUUUGACUUUGCUCUGAGCUGCCUGGUGGCCAUCAGUUCUCUCACCUACCUGCCCAGGAUCAAGGACUACCUGAACCAGCUGCCUGAUUUCCCGUACAAGGAUAACCUCCUCUCUCUGGACUCCAGCUGCCUGCUGCUCUUUGUGCUGGUCUUCUUUGCCUUCCUCAUCAUCCUCAAGUCUUACCUGAUCAACUGUGUGUGGAACUGCUACAAGUACAUCAACAACAGGAACAUGUCAGAGAUUGCAGUUUACCCGGCCUUUGAGACCCCACCCCAGUACAUCCUGCCCACUUAUGAGAUGGCAAUGAAGAUGCCAGAGAAGGAGCCCCCUCCCCCUUACAUGCCUGCUUAAGCACCAGCCCUGUUGCCAAAACACACACGCACGCACACACCACCAUAUGCAUUCCUACCUUACCUCACGAACCCUUUCUGAACACCUCCCGACUGUGUAUGUGUAAGGCCACUGGCGGUGUUUGUCCAACCCUCCCGUCUGUAUUUCUACAGAGCGUCUCUCGAGGAGGGGGAGAGGAGAGAGGUGGGAAAGACUGAAAUCUGUGUGAAAUAAAUGAAUGAAUGUGAUGUUUGAAAAGCAAUGGGGGUUAGCAGCCCACCCUCCCACCCUACUGGCCUUUUUAUGUCCUAGUAAAAGGGAUACAUGUGAAAAUUAGAUGGCAGGAAAUGUUAUCAUUAACCCAGCAUCAUCCUUUUUAAAGACUGAUUUAUGAAGUCUAAAAAGAAAAACAAAUCGAUGACAAUCCUCUUAUUAUAGCUAUUAUUGUUGACUUGUGUUACUUUUCCCCCUAAUUAUGAAGAUCUAGACUAUUCCAUCCGUCUUGAAUGGAGUCUGUAGCACUUUUUCAUCUGUUAUUUAUUUAGCUUUGCUGCGCUUCAGUUCACCACCACGCUGGACCUUUGUGUCCCUGCUGCAAGUGAGUGGUUUCCCAGCUGAGACAGACAGACAGAGGCAUUGAUUCAUGAUGAUCAUGUUCUCUGCUUCUUUCUCACCUGACAUCUGGAGCAAACAGCUGGUCUUUUGAACAUUAGCAGUCGCAUGCUUAUCAACAACCUCUAUUAAUUUUCUGGGAGUAUGAUUUUAUCCAAUUGGAAAUGCAUUUUACUUCAAUAAACGUUUCAGAACA